CUCUCCAUCCUGCAACUCUCAAGCUCCUCCAACCCUUCUUUUCUUCAUCAACCGCAAAUAUGGAUCAGGCCAAGCUGGCGCGGAUGCAGGCGUCGGUGCGAAUUGGAGGAAAAGGCACCCCGCGCCGGAAGGUCAAGAAGGUCCACAAGAGCGCUGGCACCGACGACAAGAAGCUGCAGACGAGCUUGAAGAAGCUGAAUGUGCAGCCGAUUCAGGCGAUUGAGGAGGUGAACAUGUUCAAAAGCGACGGGAAUGUCAUCCAUUUCUCUGCGCCAAAGGUCCAUGCCUCCGUCCCCGCAAACACCUUUGCCAUCUACGGCCAAGGCGAAGAUAAGGAGCUCACGGAGCUCGUCCCCGGCAUCCUCAACCAACUGGGGCCGGACUCGCUGGCGUCGCUGCGCAAGCUCGCCGAGAGCUACCAGAGCAUGCAGAAGGAGAAGGGCGAGGAUGGCGAGAAGGGCGAAGAUGAAGAUGACGACGACAUCCCGGAGCUGGUCGAGGGCGAGAACUUUGAGUCGAAGGGGGAGGUCGAGUAAAGAACGGGAUCUAGGGUAGAUGCACGCAUACCGAACCCCACAAGUUUGCGUAUCGGGGCACUCCAGUUACUUACUGCUGGAAAGGGAAAGCGAAACUUGGGAAUCACCAUACUCUUUCCUUUUGGCCCCUCCACACUCAGUCUGAACCACUGCUUUGCUCUUCUCUGAUUGUGAUCGGUGGUGUGUACCUAAUUUAUACU